CUGCUGCAGUCACCUCUUGCCCAGGCUCAGCAAAGGCUCAGAUAAGAACUAUUUCCACAUCCACAUCACAGCUCCCCUGUGUCCAGAGGCAGCCCUGAGAAGGGGGCACAUGCUGUGACUGUCACCACUGGGCAGUAGUCCCCCAGGUGAGUGGUGGCUGUGCCAAGAUAAUUUCCCGUUAAAGCUUAGUAGUUCAUACGAUGCCAAGAGACCUUGUGCAUGUGACGUGUUCACUCCAGCUGUAAUCACGUCCUAGUCCCGCCUCACCAGCUGGGCUGUUUCGUGGCAAGUGGCAUGGAAGGUCUCCCCUCUUUCCUCUUACUCCUGGAUUGUUUCCAUGAGAGCUAAGAAACGACAGAGCAGCAGACAGUAGGGGUGGUCCUGUAGUCUGCGUGGGCAAGAGCAAAGGCGGGCGGGCAUCUCCGGGCUCUGCGGAGUCCUUCAGGGGGAGCUGGAGCGGUGUUAGGUUUCUCACGGUGUUGUACUGACAGCUUCGCGAAGUGCCUGCCCUCAGCUGCGCUGCAACACUUCUCACCACAGACACCUCACCCCUCCUAAAAAGCAGGGCAGCGGGAGCCGCAUGCAUGCAUCUCCGUCCCUUUACACCUCUACUGCACUCUACGUCAUUCACACCUCUAGUCCGUGUUCAAAAUUAGAAACUGAGGAAAACUGCCUCUGCCCACUCUUAAAUCUUGGGAAAUACAGUAUCUGGGACAGAUAAACGAAAUUAUGCCCAAGAAAACAUACACACACACACCCAUACACAAGCUUUUAAAACAAAACACUUCAGCUGAAUCUUCUGUGACAGUUCAGGGUAAAAAUAGAGCCAUUUGGGCCAAGGAAAUCCUUUGCCAAGUAAAGGCGCUAAGGUUUGAAGACAGCUCAGCCUUCCCUGCAAACUGUCAAUGUCCUAAGCUAAAGUAACUGAAAAGAACCUUUGGAUUCCACUCACAGUUCAGGACCCGUCACCGCCCUUAAUUUGGUAGAUAGGACUGGCCCCCUCCUAGGAAGGGCACGCAAAGGAGCUGCGUGGACAACCUGAGAUCUAACAGCUAACUGACCGUCACCCUGCCAGACAGAAAGACUGCAAGCUCAGGCAGCGCUCUUGUGGCUAAUCACCUCCAGUGAAAACACUGGGAAAAGCCAGGAGCUCUGUGCUCAACACUGCUGUCAGCUCAGAGGAAAAGAAAGCCCUUUUAAGGAAACUUUGAGCUUCUAUGGGCCGCUCUUCUGCCAGGACUUUCAGGCCCUUUGAACAUAGGCCGAACCACAGAUGGCUGUGCGUGUAAGUCUGGGUCCUGAUAUCCGCCCUCCCCACCCCAAGCACCAGUUGUUGGCCAAAAAUAAACACCAUUCCUCAGCCAUAUAUGUCCACCAGUCUUGAUCUGGGGAGGAGGCAGGAGGCAGGUCAGAUCCUUGCUGGGCACACGCACGUGAGGCCACCACUCACCAUGCACAUAACGCAGCUCAACCGGGAGUGCCUGCUGUGCCUCUUCUCCUUCCUGGACAGGGACAGCAGGAAGAACCUCUCCAGGACCUGCUCCCAGCUCCGAGAUGUGUUUGAGGACCCCACCCUCUGGCCCCUGCUACACUUCCAUUCCCUGGCAGAGCUCAAGAAGGACAACUUCCGGCUGAGCCCCGCACUGCGCAGCCUGUCCAUCUGCUGGCAUUCUAGUCGAGUGCAGGUGUGCAGCAUCGAGGACUGGCUCAAGAGCACCUUCCAGAGGAGCAUCUGCAGCCAGCAUGAGAGCCUGGUGAACGACUUCCUCCUGCAGGUGUGCGACAGGUGCCCCAACCUGGCCUCCGUCACGCUUUCGGGCUGCGGCCACGUCACCGACGACUGCCUGGCGCGCUUGCUGCUCAGCUGCCCGCGCCUGCGCGCGCUGCGCCUCGAGAACUGCGCGCGCGUUACCAACCGCACGCUGGCGGCCGUGGCCGCGCACGGGCGCGCGCUGCAGACGCUGCACGUGGACUUCUGCCGCAACGUGAGCGCCGCCGGCCUGCUCCGUCUACGCGCCGCCCGCCCGCGCCUGACCCUGAGCGCCGAGCACAGCGCGACCAUGAUCCCCGACCAGCCGCCGCGCGCCGCCUCGCUUCUCCCGGCCGCGCCCCGGGGACAGUGCCCGCCGCACUCCACGGGCUCCUACGGAGGACGCGCACGCGAGUGAAGGAGCGAAUGCUUGGGAAAUGCGGGGUGGUGGUCUUUGAACGUCUGCCCCGCCCCCGUGUGUCCUGCCGCGCGCGCCCGUGCGCCCUAGCUGGCCUGGAGCCUCCGAACGAACCCGAGGCUAGGACCUCCGGGGCCGCCCCUGCCCGUACGGAGCAGCGUGCACAAGCCAUUCUAGAAAACUCGCUUCCGUCCCUGCAUGACUGAUAGUUCUCACAAGGGAAGAAUGCAUGACCUUUAAAGAUGAAAGUAGUAGCCGUAGUUAAGUGCUGACACAAAAACGAGACUUUUAUUCCCUAGAUUGGCUGAGCCUGGACUUCCAGGACAACCUCACUUUCGUCCACUCGUCCCCAAGGUCAGGACCCUCUGUUCACCCAGCGCCCCCCACUCCCCGCCGGACCUGGGACAGGCAGGCAGGAUAAUUGAACCCAGAGGGGAGCUCAGAGGGGCGCCUCCCUCCAGCAGCUGUAACCAAGACCACUUCAUUUAUCCGCAGGCAGGUUUUUCCAGUUUUCUGUGAAAUGGUUUCCCGAUCCCUACCCACAGGGCUCCUUAAUGUGUUUCCCAAAUUGGGGUGUGGGAUGAGGAGGAAGCACACGAGAAAAAGACAUUCUCUUCUGUUCCCAUGCAGCCUCUCUUCUAGUGGAGGCUGUAAUUGCGACAGAAGGCGGCUUGUGGGGGUAGGGUAGGGGAUGAGUCGGGCAACCCUGGGUGUGGGGAGGCACUCAGAAGGGGUUCACCAACUAAAUCUCAUGGAGAAGGUGACACCUGAGCCACGAAGGGAGCCAGGGAGCCAAGCAAGCCAUAUGUAAAGUGUUACAGCCCAAGAAACUGCAGGGCGCCUGACUAGGAGCUCGGCUGGGAUUGUUAACAGCAAUGAGAUCGGCUGGGAGGAGAGGAGGGGAGAACUGGAUGGAAGGAGCUGUGAAGAACAGAUUAGGCUCCAAAAGGAGCCUUUGGAAGUCACCUCCUGCUAGCAGGAGCCAGAACACCAAGCACAGGGAAGGCCUGUGAAGUUGCUCUGAACACUGUCCAGCCAGACACAGGCACAGCCUCCAAGGCCCUGGGGACUGCUGAGUGUCUUUCCUGCCGCUGCCAGGUUCUAAGCUGUGGCGUGUCUAGCCCAGAAUCAGAGAACACACGGGUCUAGGGUAAUGCCUUUUAAUCUGUGGGGAACCCAGUGGAUCACCCAGGGGAGUGUCCCAGCCAUGAGGACGAUGUUCCCCUUAGCAGGCAGGGCUCAGCAAGCGCGUGGCACCUUCAGGGAAAGUGGGUAAGUCGGGGCAAGAUGGGGCUACCAGAACAACCGGAACGGGUCUUGGGUUUGAUCUGUGCCUUCACAGGCUUAUCAGACCACAUCCUCACUGGAACCCGUCUUUUCAAUCUCAUGCUAGGAAGCUGAGUGCACAGCUUCUUCAGAAGACAGCCCACUGUCUUGGCUAGGAACUGCAUAAAGAUCUCAUCAAGCCGGAGCCUGAGGCCAGCAGAGACCUGGGCCUACGUGGUGGGCCCCAGAGACCCUGGGAAAGUCUGAGGUGGUGCUCAAAACCUGUCUUGGAGGGACACACACCAGCUUCUGCACUAGCGAAGCCUCCUGGAUCCUACUAUGGCAGUGCUGACCUGUGACCCAGUACUUUCCCCAGAUCUUUAAAGGGAGACCACCUUACCCUGAGAAACCCUCCUGCAAGCUCUCCCAAUCAAUGUACAACACUUUUUUUUUUUUUUUUUUUUUGCAAAUACCAACCUUGCCAGACACAGCUUCUUCUAGCAAAGGUCACAAUCUGGGAGAACCUGAACAAACCCACUUCUUCAUAGACAUAUGGGAAAGCUUGUUUUUUUUUUUUUUUUGUGUGUUUGUUUUUGUUUUUUUUUUAAAAGCAAGAGGAUUUAUGUUUUCUUGAGAUUAAGGGCAUAAAUCUGCAAGUAUUUGUUAAAUGAAUGAGGCCACCAAUUAAGGACCUACACAAUUAAGGGGUGAAUGUAACCAAGGCAAACCAAAUCCCUACCCUUAGACCCAGCUGUUGCUCCACAGACAAGGAAUACUAGUCUUCAAGAAGCAAAGAAUGCAAGCAGGUUUCCAGCCAAGAGACAGCAUGGUGGCGUGGAGUAAAAGCCCAUUAGAAAACUCUUCUGGGCCAGCUGAGACAGUGCAUUAGGUCUGAGCACCAUCCUGGUAAGAGUGCUCCUGGCCUCUCCAGGCAGGGCAUAGCCACUGUUAAAGGUCUGAGCCACAAUUAAAGUAAACUGAAGCCUGCAGGCUGCACACUCUCGGCUCAGCAAGAGGGAAAACACUGCUUGUUACCAGGACGAAACCCAGAGGAGUCAAAGGGGCCGUAAUCUCAUCCCCACCGAGCAUAUUCUCUUAGGCUCUCCUGGCCCAGAGGCCCAGACAUGGCCUUUCGAGCUCAAGCCCAGUGUUAAGGGCUUAGUCACUAUCUAGAAGCCCCUGAUGUCCCUCAGAAACAUGAUCCUUUCUCUAAGGCCCAAUUCCAGAUGAAAACUUCAAUAAAAUGAUGUCAGACUUCUCA